AUGGGGAAUAAGAGUAAGAUUAUGGAGAAUAAUAAGAAGAAAAAUGGUUCUUUUCGAUCAAUUUUCAUGCAUGCGGAUAGUCACGACGCCGUGUUGAUGAGUUUAGGAUUCUUGGGAGCCAUUGGUGAUGGAAUUUCCAUGCCGGCUAUGCUUUUAAUCACUAGCAAGCUUAUGAACAAUUUUGGCAGUGCAACUACUUCAAUUACAGAGAAUUUCACUCAUAACGUCAACAAGAAUGCAGUGGUUUUGUGCUGCAUUGCAUGUGGACAAUGGCUUGCUUGUUUUCUUGAGGGGUUUUGCUGGACAAGAACGGCAGAAAGACAAGCUUCGAGAUUAAGAGCAAGAUACUUAAAAGCGGUAAUGAGACAAGAUGUGGGUUACUUUGAUUUGCAUGUAACUAGUACUGCAGAGGUUAUUACAAGUGUCUCCAAUGAUAUUAUUGUUAUUCAAGAGGUCAUUAGUGAAAAGGUUCCAAUCUUUGUGAUGAACUUAGCGACAUUCAUUGGUUUAAUGUACGGAAGGGCUCUUAUGAGCAUUGCGAGAAAGAUGAGGGACGAGUACAAUAAAGCCGGUAUAAUAGUGGAACAAGCAAUUUCUUCUAUUCGAACAGUGUAUUCUUUUGUUGGAGAAAGCAAAACAAUUGCUGAAUACUCUGCUGCUCUUCAAGGGACCGUUGAAUUGGGAUUAAAACAGGGUUUGGCUAAAGGUUUGGCCAUUGGAAGUAAUGCUGUGGUUUUUGCAAUUUGGUCCGUCUUGUCUUAUUAUGGGAGCAGAUUGGUCAUGUAUCAUGGGGCUCAGGGUGGCACUAUUUUUGCAGUCGGCGCCUCCAUCGCCAUCGGCGGAUUAGCAUUGGGUGCUGGUUUAUCAAACCUAAAGUACUUCUCCGAAGCAAGUGCAGCCGGUGAACGGAUAACGGAAGUCAUAAAAAGAGUGCCCGAAAUUGAUUCAGAAAAUUUAGAAGGCCAAAUCCUACAAAAAGUUUCGGGAGAAGUCGAAUUCAAACACGUUGAAUUCGCAUACCCAUCAAGGCCAGAAAGCAUAAUUUUGAAAGAUUUCAAUCUGAAAAUCCCAGCAGGAAAAACAGUAGCAUUGGUUGGAGGAAGUGGGUCUGGAAAAUCAACGGUGGUUGCUCUUUUGCAGAGAUUUUAUGACCCUCUGGGUGGUGAAAUUUCGCUUGAUUGUGUCAAAAUUGAUAAAUUGCAAUUGAAAUGGCUGAGAUCACAAAUGGGUUUGGUGAGUCAGGAGCCGGCACUGUUCGCUACCUCUAUAAAAGAGAAUAUACUUUUUGGGAAAGAGGACGCAUCCAUGGAAGAGGUUAUUGAAGCUGCCAAAGCUUCAAAUGCUCAUAAUUUUAUUUCCCAGUUGCCUCAACGUUAUGACACCCAGGUGGGUGAGAGAGGAGUACAGAUGUCUGGGGGGCAAAAGCAGAGAAUAGCAAUAGCUAGAGCUGUAAUUAAGGCACCAAAAAUUCUCCUCCUUGAUGAGGCCACCAGUGCAUUGGAUUCGGAAUCAGAGCGAGUGGUUCAAGAAGCCCUGGAUAUGGCAGCCAUGGGUCGGACAACCAUCGUCAUAGCCCACCGCCUCUCAACUAUCCGAAAUGCUGACCUCAUUGCAGUGGUGCAAAAUGGUCAGGUUAUGGAGAUGGGCUCACAUGAUGAGCUUAUUGAAGAUGAACAUGGCUUAUACAUGUCUCUUGUCCGCCUUCAACAGACACAAAAAAGCGAUCAAUAUACAAGUGCUAAUUGUAUUAUUGCAUCAGCAUCCAUUGCAAACACUGAUGUUCACAACACUAGCAGUCGGAGACUAUCAAUUAUGAGUCGGUCCAGUUCAGCUAACUCAGCUGCACCAAGUCGAGGAUUGGAAAAUGCAAUGGUUUCCAGUGAUCAAGUCGUCGCAGUACCUUCAUUUAGAAGACUACUAGCAAUGAACAUGCCCGAGUGGAGGCAUGCUAUAUUGGGGUGUACAGGUGCAGUAUUAUUCGGUGCAGUUCAGCCAGUGUAUGCAUUCUCAAUGGGGUCAAUGAUCUCUGUGUAUUUCCUACCAGAUCAUAGGGUUAUUAAGGAGAGAACAACAAUAUAUGCCUUUUGUUUUCUUGGGCUGGCUAUUUUCUCACUCUUGAUCAAUAUAUGUCAGCAUUAUAAUUUUGCAGCGAUGGGGGAGCACUUGACAAAGAGAAUCAGAGAGAGAAUGCUGUCAAAAAUGCUCACUUUUGAAAUUGGGUGGUUUGAUCAGGAUGAGAAUGCGACUGGUGCUGUUUGCUCGAGGCUGGCCAAAGAUGCCAAUGUGGUAAGGUCUUUGGUGGGUGAUCGGAUGGCACUACUCAUCCAAACUUUCUCUGCAGUUACAAUUGCUUGCACCAUGGGUCUGGUUAUUGCAUGGAAGCUUGCAUUGGUAAUGAUAGCCGUACAACCACUUAUCAUAAUGUGUUACUACUGCAAGCGUGUCCUUCUGAAAAACAUGUCCAAAAAGGCCAUUAAAGCCCAAGAGGAAAGUAGCAAGCUUGCAGCAGAAGCCGUAUCCAAUCUCAUAACAGUGACAGCGUUCUCGUCCCAAGCUCGAAUUCUCGAUAUGCUCGAGAAAGCCCAAGAAGGCCCAAAAAAGGAAAGUAUUUGCCAGUCAUGGUUUGCUGGUAUUGGACUGGGUACCUCCCAAAGCCUAAUGACUUGCACUUGGGCUUUAGAUUUUUGGUAUGGCGGAAAGCUCAUUGCAGAAGGCUUCAUUGGAGCACAAGCACUAUUACAAACUUUCAUGGUUUUGGUGAGCACAGGGCGCGUCAUUGCCGAUGCUGGGACUAUGACGAACGAUCUUGCCAAAGGUUCGGAUGCAGUUGGCUCAGUAUUUGCAGUGUUGGAUCGAUAUUCAUUAAUCGAACCCGAAGAUCCAGAGGGGUGCAAACCAAAUAAGUUAACGGGCCAUGUUGAACUGCGUGGUGUUGAUUUCGCCUACCCUGCCCGGCCCGAUGUGAUGGUCUUCAUAGGCUUUUCAAUUAACAUUGAGGCAGGACAAUCGACUGCAUUAGUAGGACAAAGUGGCUCGGGAAAAUCAACUAUUAUAGGCUUAAUAGAAAGAUUUUAUGAUCCACUUAAAGGUGUCGUGAAGAUUGAUGGGCGAGAUAUCAGGUCAUAUCACUUAAGAUCACUAAGGAAACACAUUGCACUUGUUAGUCAAGAGCCGACAUUAUUUGCUGGUACCAUACGUCAAAAUAUUACCUAUGGUGCAUCUGAAGGCAUUGAUGAAUCAGAAGUUAUCGAGGCAGCUAAGGCAGCAAAUGCUCAUGACUUCAUUGCUGGCCUGAAGGAUGGAUACGACACAUGGUGUGGUGACAGAGGGCUGCAGCUAUCUGGUGGCCAGAAGCAAAGAGUCGCGAUAGCCCGUGCCAUCUUGAAAAAUCCUGCCAUAUUGUUAUUAGAUGAGGCCACUAGUGCGCUCGAUAGUCAGUCAGAGAAAGUGGUGCAAGAUGCACUUGAACGUGUGAUGGUUGGAAGGACUAGUGUAGUUGUGGCGCACAGGCUAAGUACCAUACAAAAUUGUGACAUGAUUGCCGUUUUAGACAAAGGAAAGGUGGUCGAAAAGGGGAAUCACUCUUCCUUGUUGGCUAAAGGGCCAACCGGAGCAUACUAUUCACUUGUUUGUCUUCAAAGAACACCCAACAACUCCGUAAUCAACUAA